ACAACCAUGUCUGGUCGCGGUAAAGGCGGUAAGGGUCUCGGAAAAGGAGGCGCCAAGCGCCACCGCAAAGUCCUGCGCGACAACAUCCAGGGCAUCACCAAGCCCGCCAUCCGCCGCCUGGCCCGGCGCGGCGGCGUCAAGCGCAUCUCCGGCCUCAUCUACGAGGAGACCCGCGGGGUGCUGAAGGUCUUCCUGGAGAACGUGAUCCGCGACGCCGUCACCUACACGGAGCACGCCAAGCGCAAGACCGUCACCGCCAUGGACGUGGUCUACGCGCUCAAGCGCCAGGGACGCACGCUCUACGGCUUCGGCGGUUAAGCCACAUCCUCGUCUUUCUCCAUAGUCGCAAAAGGCCCUUUUCAGGGCCACCCA